GCAGAAUAUUCUCUUCUUACUGUCAUGGCCUAUGACCGCUAUGUUGCCAUCUGCAAGCCCCUGCACUAUGGGAGCCUCCUGGGCAGCAGAGCUUGUGCCCAGAUGGCAGCAGCUGCCUGGGGCAGUGGGAUUCUCAAUGCUCUGCUGCAAACUGGUAACACAUUUUCCCUGCCCCUCUGCCAAGGCAAUGCCGUGGACCAGUUCUUCUGUGAAAUUCCCCAGAUCCUCAAGCUCUCCUGCUCACACUCCUACCUCAGGGAAGUUGGGCUUGUCAUGGUUAGUGCAUGCUUUGCUUCUGGAUGUUUUGUGUUCAUUGUGCUCUCCUAUGUACAGAUCAUCAGGGCCGUGCUGAGGAUGCCCUCUGAGCAGGGACAGCACAAAGCCUUUUCCACAUGCCUUCCUCACCUGGCCGUGGUCUGCCUGUUUGUCAGCACUGGAGCUUUUUCUUACCUGAAGCCCCCCUCCAUCUCCUUCCCAUCCCUGGACCUGGUGGUGGCUGUUCUGUACUCGGUGGUACCUCCAGUGCUGAACCCCCUCAUCUACAGCUUGAGGAACGAGGAGCUCUUGAAUUCUGUGAAGAAAGUGAUUUCCUGGAGUUUUCUCAAUAGUUAUAAAAUUAUUGCCUCUUUCCAUAAAUGA